AUGGAUAUUAUGGAUAUUAUGGAGGUGUACUGUGGUCCUGUCCCUCAAAUUGACAAUGGUUUCUCCAUUGGCUCUACCAAUGUCACCUUCAGAGGCCAAGCCAUGUACCAGUGCUAUGCAGGUUUUGCGUUCCCAUCUGGGUUGCCCCUGGAGAGAGUUUCUUGUCUUGCCGAUGGACGCUGGGAGCGUCUUCCAACUUGUCUUGCUUCUCAGUGCCCACCUCUUCCUGACACUCCACAUGCAAAUGCCACUAUCUUGAAUGGCGGAGGUCGCAGUUACGGUACCAUUGACAGGUUUGAAUGUGAGCCUGGAUUCAUUCGUACGGGAGCCCCAGUAAUUUUGUGCAUGAGCAAUGGCACCUGGUCCAGUGCUCCACCUGCUUGCCGACGUGCUUGUUGUCCAACUUUCCCUACCAUUAAAAAUGGUUUCAUUGUUGAUACCACAAAUGAAUAUCUGUAUGGUGAUGAAGCCAGGGUUCAAUGUUUCAAGGGCUACAAACUAUCUGGCAACAAUAUUAUCCGCUGUGGUCCAAACCAAGACUUCCUCAAUCCUCCAAGAUGCGAUGACAUUAAUGAAUGCAGUAGCAGUCAGUGUGACGUAGCAUGUACCGAGUGUGUUAAUACACCUGGCGGCUUCCACUGCAAGUGCCGCAAGGGCUUUGUGAGUUUAGAGUGCCGACCUGUUGGGGACCUUGGCCUUACUACUGGAGGUAUCCCUGAUGAUUCUAUCUCUGUAUCUGGCACUGAACCUGGCUAUCCCAAAGAGAUGGUUCGUCUGAACAGUCUUGGUGGCUGGUGUGGAGUCAAUGCGGAAUCUGGAGCAAACUGGGUUCUUCUUGAUUUGAAGGCACCAACAGUUGUUUGUGGUUUUAGAACACAGAGUGUCUCCCGCCUUGAUGGGAAUGUUGCCUUCACUUCAGCUGUACGAAUUCAGUUCUCAGAUGAUCUCACUGAUGUCUUCAAGGACUACACAAACCCUGAUGAUACUCUUGUUGAAUUCCGUAUCCUUGAGCCCACCCUAUCUGUCCUCAACCUCCCUGUGCCCAUGGAAGCUCAGUACUUACGUUUCCGUAUUCAAGAUUAUGUCAAUGCUCCCUGUCUCCGCAUUGAAGUUAUGGGAUGCACUCGCCUUGAGUGUGCUGAUAUUAAUGAGUGUGCUGUUGACAAUGGUGGAUGUGACCAAAAAUGUAUUAACAG